UGUACGGGGUAUUUUACCCUUGAACAAAUUGCAAGACUUUGCUUCUGUCCCAGUUACAUUAGAUAUUUUUUUUCUAUUUUGAACUUGGUGGAUAUUGUUACGUUAUUUGUCGACUAUGUAGAGAUACUCAUCAAUGCGUUGCAUCCUCAGCAAAUAUACGAAAGCAACAUUUUGGAUAUAAUUCAAUUUCUGCAAAUACUGAGAGUACUCAGACUGUUUCGGAUAACCAAACACAUUCCAGGCGCCCGAGUUUUAAUCUUCACUAUAAAGAAUUCUGUCAGAGAGCUUCUCUUCAUGAUAGUGUUGUUAGUAAAUGUCGCCAUAUUGUUUGGAACUUUGUUCUACUGCUUGGAUAAAGAAGCUGCGAAAAACAUAUCUCAAGGAACUUGGUGGGCAGUCAUCACCAUGACGACAGUAGGGUAUGGGGAUGUGGUGCCUAGUGGAAUUUUGGGUAGAAUUCUUGGAGGGGCUUGUGCUGCAUUUGGUAUUGUACUAAUUGCUUUAACGGUUCCGUUGUUUGUGAAUAACUUUUUAACCGUCUAUAAUGUAUCCAUUUCUCAUGAAAUUCUGAACUCAGACGAGAAGCCAGGGACACCAUGGAUUAAGGCAAAAGAACCCCAAGAAAUAUGCUAG